CCGCUUCCGGUGCCGCGGGAGGAGGCGGCCGCGCGGCUCCAUGGUGACGGCGCAGGUUUCUAGCUCGGGAUCAUCCAUUGACCAGGUGGCCCCAUUCCCAGGCCUGCUACCAUGUCUAAGCUGAAGAGCUCCGAGUCCGUGCGGGUGGUGGUGCGGUGCCGGCCCAUGAACAGCAAGGAGAAGACAGCUUCCUAUGAGAAGGUGGUGAGCGUGGACGUCAAGUUAGGGCAGGUCUCAGUGAAGAACCCACGGGGAACAUCUCAUGAACUGCCUAAAACCUUCACCUUUGAUGCUGUGUAUGACUGGAAUUCCAAGCAGGUUGAGCUCUACGAUGAGACCUUCAGACCUCUCGUGGACUCUGUCCUGCAAGGGUUUAAUGGGACAAUCUUUGCCUAUGGGCAGACUGGGACAGGGAAAACGUAUACGAUGGAAGGGGUGCGUGGUGAUCCUGAAAAAAGGGGGGUCAUCCCAAAUUCAUUCGACCACAUCUUCACCCACAUCUCCAGAUCUCAAAACCAGCAGUACCUGGUUAGAGCAUCGUACCUGGAAAUCUACCAAGAGGAAAUCAGAGACUUGUUAUCGAAGGAUCAGUCCAAGAGGCUGGAGCUAAAGGAGAGGCCAGACACGGGGGUGUAUGUUAAGGAUUUGUCCUCCUUUGUGACGAAAAGUGUCAAGGAGAUAGAACACGUGAUGAACGUGGGGAACCAGAACCGCUCGGUGGGGGCCACCAACAUGAACGAGCACAGCUCCCGGUCCCACGCCAUCUUUGUGAUCACCAUCGAGUGCAGCGAGCUGGGGCUCGACGGGGAGAACCACAUUCGGGUUGGGAAGCUCAACCUGGUGGACCUUGCGGGCAGCGAGCGGCAGGCCAAGACUGGAGCCCAGGGGGAGAGGCUAAAGGAAGCCACGAAAAUCAAUCUCUCUCUCUCAGCUUUGGGCAACGUUAUCUCUGCCCUGGUAGAUGGCAAGAGUACCCACAUUCCCUACCGGGACUCAAAGCUGACUAGGCUGCUGCAGGACUCCUUAGGUGGCAAUGCCAAAACGGUGAUGGUGGCCAACAUUGGCCCUGCCUCUUACAACGUGGAGGAGACGCUGACAACGCUGAGAUACGCCAACCGUGCCAAGAACAUCAAGAACAAACCACGAGUGAACGAGGACCCCAAGGAUGCUCUGCUGCGAGAGUUCCAGGAGGAGAUUGCUCGCCUCAAGGCACAGCUGGAAAAGAGGUCCAUUGGGAAAAGGAAGAGAAGGGAAAGGAGGAGAGAUGGUGGGGAAGAAGAGGAGGACACUGAGGAGGGUGAGGAUGAAGGAGAUGACAAAGAUGACUAUUGGAGGGAGCAGCAGGAAAAGCUGGAGAUUGAGAAGAAGGCGAUAGUUGAGGAUCACAGCCUGGUAGCAGAAGAGAAGAUGAGGCUGCUGAAGGAGAAGGAGAAGAAAAUGGAGGACCUGAGGCGAGAGAAGGAAGCGACAGAAAUGUUGAGUGCCAAAAUCAAGGCAAUGGAAAGCAAACUUCUGGUGGGAGGGAAGAAUAUUGUGGAUCACACAAAUGAACAGCAGAAAAUCCUGGAACAGAAACGCCAGGAAAUUGCAGAACAGAAACGCCGGGAGCGGGAGAUCCAGCAACAGAUGGAAAGUCGGGAUGAGGAAACUCUGGAGCUGAAGGAGACCUAUAGUUCUCUUCAGCAAGAGGUGGACAUAAAGACCAAAAAGCUCAAAAAGUUAUUUUCCAAGCUGCAAGCUGUGAAGGCAGAGAUCCAUGAUCUCCAAGAAGAGCACAUCAAGGAGCGCCAGGAACUGGAACAGACCCAGAACGAACUUACCAGGGAACUAAAGCUGAAGCACCUGAUCAUUGAAAAUUUUAUUCCCUUGGAAGAAAAGAAUAAGAUUAUGAACAGGUCAUUCUUUGAUGAAGAGGAAGACCAGUGGAAGCUGCAUCCAAUAACCCGUCUGGACAACCAGCAGAUGAUGAAGAGGCCUGUCUCUGCUGUGGGGUACAAACGGCCCCUGAGCCAACACGCCAGGACAUCCAUGAUGACCCGCCCGGAGGCGCGGUACCGGGCCGAGAACAUCGUGCUCCUGGAGCUUGACAUGCCCAGCCGGACAACGAGGGACUACGAAGGGCCAGCCAUUGCUCCCAAAGUCCAGGCAGCUCUAGAAGCAGCUCUGCAGGAAGAAGAUGAGAUACAGGUGGACGCUUCAACCUUUGAGAGCAUUUCCAAUAAGAAAGCAAAACCCAGGCCUAAAACUGGAAGGAAAUCAGUGGGAUCCUCUGCAGCAGGCACCCAUAGUUCCCAGCUUUACCCACAGUCCCGAGGGCUGGUUCCAAAGUAAAACCAGCAGUUCCUCUCCAGGGCACCAACAGCCUUUGCCUUCCGACAGCAGAGACAAGUGGGAACCUGCAGUGAGUCCUUCCUGGGCUCCUGCCCCGUUCCCUGGAGAUGGCCUCUUUGCUCCUUAACUGACUGGUGCCAGCCCAGGGGCACUGAGCCUCAGGAAGAUCAGCGCUUGCAGUUCAGCCUUUGGCCUCUGUGGGGAACAGAUUUUAGUUAGGAAACCAGAAAUGCAUGAGGUACGUUCAAGUGUAUUAGAAGCAAUGGGAAGCACGGGGAUCACCUGGCAGCAUCACCCUCUGUCCUGCACUGCCCUUGAGCUGCACUGGGCGUUUUAGCUGUUGGGCAGUAAGAAGAUGGAGUUGAAAGUCUCAUCUCAACUGAACCACCACUCCAGAGCUUCACAGUGACAACCAUAAAAAGCAGUGUAUCCGUUCCAGCUCGACUAGAUGCAUAGUUUUCCCUCUUCCUGCUGGAAAGGCUGGCAUCAUUUGGGGUCAGGAAGCUGCUUGGGCAGGCAGGAUGGCAGCAUGUGCUCACCAGCAGACAGCUGUGCCUCCUUUGAGAGCUGCACGACCAAAAGAGGGGUCGUGAGAGCAACUUUGUGCUCUCCAGAAAGGAAGCCAUAGGAACUGAAGUCCUCUCCUUGUUUACAGGCCUAAGUGAGAGCUCCUCCAACCUGCCCUCCUACAGACCUCACUCCUACCAGCAGGAACCACCUUGUCAAAGAACACAUCUGCCUACCCUGCCACCUCCACAGCCUCCUUCCUCGCUCCAGCCUCCCUCUCUACCCCUGGCAUUUCAAACCAGUGCCCAUCCACAGUCUGUCAACCAUGGGACCAUGUCCUUCUGUCUCUGCUCUCCCUCCCAGCUGGGCAGAGUCCUGGGGUGAGGAGCUGCCUGGGAACACACCCUUCCCACAGGCACGAUCCUUUCUGUGCCGCUUGGGGAGGUUCCGCGUUUGGUGCCUCUUGUGCCUCACUUGUUCCAUGUUAGAAGCUUUCCCUUUGCACCUCCCUGGCCAUGCAGAGCCUGCUGGGGAUGGAGGCACAUGUAACCCAGCCUGGGACGUCGGAUCUGGUGUAAUUUCCAGGGGUUUUACUUUGCAAACAAGGGAGGAAGAACUCCUGCUUUUUGAUGGUCUCUCUGCAAAGCUGCCCUAUGACUAAAGCAGGCUCCUGGGAUGCUGCAGCCUCAUGUGGCAGGUGGAGGGAGGUGGAACUGCCACACCAAGGACAGUAAGGUGUCCCUGUCUAGUGUCACAGCUCAUCCGUAAGUUUUAGUUCACUGUGUAUUGGGACUUGGGAUGUUCAUUUUUCCUCUUGCUGUUGUCCCAUGAACGUUUUUACCCAUUUCCCUCCCUGAUGAUUCCCUCCAGACUGACACGUGUGAACACGUGAGGAUGUGCCUGGUUUUAGAAUUGUUCUGCUGUGUGGACUCUGCCUUGUGCUCUCGUCCUGUGCCUGCUGAGUGGCCCCACCCAGCUGGGGGUCAUCCCCCCAGCAUCAGGCCCCGGGCGCUGGGCACAGCUCACCUGCCCCCUCCCUCCUGUGGGCAGGGUGAGCACACCCCAGCUCAGCUGCUGGGGUUCAUGGAGUGCUCUUCUGGACCACAAGAUUGAGAUUUAUAUAUACACACUUAUAUGCAUAUAUAUAUAUAUUAGUUUGUGGGGAGGAGCAAGCAGUUUGCUCACGGCUGAGAGAGCAGGCAUCUGGCACUUCUCUUUCAGCCUGAACACAGAAACCUGGCAUCAGCCUCCUCUUCUGAAAGCACUGCUGAUGUACAGAGAGCCUUGGAAUUGGCUCUCACAGCAUAAUGUAACAUCCCCUUCUCUUCCCUUUCUUCCCUCUCUCUCUAGCACAUCUUCUGUAUGUAGAUGUUGUAAAAGAUGAUUUUAUGGUGCAAGUGCUCAGAGAACUGAAACAAAAUGAGGGGCUCAAGAUCCUGAGACAGCAACACAAUCUGUAGGCACGUAGGUACAUACCAUGUACACAUGUUCAGUGUCAGUGUCCAUACACAGACACAGCUGAGUCUGCAUGUGCACACACCUCCCUGGUCCCUGCUGUUCCAUAGGAAUUUAUAUUAAGCUCAUAUGCUGGAAACUCCCCCCAUGGCAGGGCUGGUCCAGUGGAAAUGGCUGUGCAGACCCCAGCUGUUCUGUUGUAGUGUUGAUAAGCUGGCUGGUGACUGUCAGAAAGGCCCUGCUUUUAAUUCUGUUAGAAGUUAAUUAGCAAGGUGGAAGAAAUUCACUAGGGUGGAAAAAAGAAUAAAAUUGCAUAUUUAGUCAUUGUACUUAAAGGGGAGCUGUGGCUGGAGGUGUGGGUGGUGGACUCGUGGGCAACCUCAGAUCCUUACAGAAGCUUUUAGAGUCUCAUUCCAAUGGACUUGCCCUCAUCCAGGCACUCAGCAGCACUGAUACUAAGAUAAAACACUACGUCCUAAGCUGUACAAAAAUGUGCUGAGCUCUGGCUUGAAGUUUUAAAGACACAUUCCUGCCACGUUUGCCCCUCUCUGGGUGUUAUCUGAACCAUCUGGGCUUCCUGCAGGUUAACGGCCAAAGGCAGGAAACCCAAGGGCUCCUGGAAGAGGCCUUGGACACCCUGCCCGUCACAGUUCCUUCACAGGAAUGUUCCACAUCCUCCUCUUUGCUCUGAUCUGUAUAAUGGGAUCUUUUUUUUUUUUUUUUUAAAGUGACAUGGAGCAGAAGUCAGCCCUUGACUCUGGGAGCACAAGCAUAGGAAUUAAAGCACUUUCUUGAAAUCCCUAACGUAGGUCUGCGGCCUCCGGAAGAAAUACUUGCAUGCUGCUUUAAUCUUCUAAACCAUUUACCUCUGUCACAGCAGCUGGGGCUGUGCUGGUGCAUUGUGCAGAUCAGACCAGAACCCAGGAUUCUGAGCAGAGGUGCAGCAGGACCCUCAGCCCCAGCCGUGUCCUCUCCUGCCCGUGGCAGUUCCCGCGCCCCGGGCUGUGCUGCUGGGUCAGAACACAGUGUGGGAAAGAGAAUCUGCACAAAUCCCAGGGAGGGGCAGAGAUGGAACUGUGAUGAGAACACCCUGUGCCCCGCAGGGGGUCCACUCUGGUCCAGGCACCUUCUCAGUCCCUUUCUUCUGGAGCCCCCCAGGCAGUGUCCAUGGGACCCCCGAGCUCCUGGGAUGCACCCAUCUCCAGCUCCUCUGUAGACAAAGAACCUGUCCAUAGUUCUGUCCAUAGUUUUACAGCUUCUAUUUAUUUGUAUCAUCUCUUUUGUCUAGGAAUGUAAAGUGAUCCUAAAAUACUACAUGUAAUAAAGUCAACGAGAUUUAUUGCAUCUA